ACAGCUACUUGUUCCUCAAGUAACUCAAAAAACAUAUCUUCAAUAAAUCUUCAGAGGGCCCACAACAGAAACACAAGGUGAGGACUGAUGCCCUAGCUUCACGAGGUCAGAUGCCACGGCAUCUGCUUCGACAAUCGGUUGUUUUGACAAAAUGCAUGGCAACAUGUUCCAACACUCUGCUUUUUGGUACGACCCAUUUCAAUUUUUUUUACCAAGUUUGAAUCUUUGCUGCUUUUCAAUCAUACCCACAUUCUCCUUUUCGAAUCAGUGAAUUAUUUCUAUAGCACAACAUUGAUUGUGGCUUGCAAUGAGUGUAACUGUGACCCAAAAGUUGUUGAGUUUGGAAGAUUAUGAUGACGAAACUAAUUUGAAUUAUUGGGGGUGCUCAUACAAGUUGAAUGCUUCCUCUCUUUUGGAACAGCUUGACGCAAAGUUUUUCUCAAUUUGAAAAACUUCAUUUUCUCCUGCUUCUGUGAUAAAGACCAGAAAUUCUUCUCCUCCCUCAAGAGUAGAACGAACCCAGAUAAGACCCAACCCCAAUACCUCCUCCCUCAACAACAGAAUCAGAGAAAGACUUAGUUAGAGAGAGAGAGAGAGAGAGAGGAAAAUCGGAGAAGAACUCAUUGAAGCCAUCGCCGACCACUUUCUCUCCACCUGUUCCACUGCAAAACCCUCCUCCUCCCUCAACAACAUAAUCAAAGAAAGAAAGGUGGUGACUUUGUUAUUAAGAACCCAAAUCUGAAGAAGAAAGGUGGUGGCUUUUGUGACGGAAGGUAGAGCUUCGAUGAUUCUCGAUGAUGACAAUGAUAGAGAAGAACGAAGGGAGUGGUGGAGGAAGGACUAGUGCAAGGUCCUCAGACCAGAGCCUCGCUCCAAGUGCCACCGCAGCCUCUCCUCCUACCGCCGGGGCCGCCACUUUCUCCUCCUCCUCUCCUCUCUCCAGUAAGAAUCGUAAGAAGGUGGUGGUGGUUUUUUUUGUUUUUUGGUGAAACUAAAUUAGAUAAUGUUAAACCAGAUUCAAUAAUCAGUUAAAAAAAAAAUUAACCUGAAAAGUAACCUACUACAACAGAUAAAUCUAGGGUGGUGCAACCUUACACAAGGAUUUUCUUGUGUACAGUAAAUGAACCCAAAAACUUAAUUUAACAAAGUAACUAUCAAUUUUUAGUUAGCAAGCUAACUUAUUAACGCAAAACUAGUUUAUGAGGUGCUUUUAUUAAAUGCUUGUCCCAUUUAGAAACUCUUUGAUCAAAGCUAUGAUCACAUCACAUUCACAAUUUUUUGAAACAAAAACUCAAUAGUGCAUGCCUCCAUGAGUAAAUGAUCUUGAACGUUAGAUUAAAAAGUCAAAAAGAUCAAGAUCAGUGAGACCACAGAUGAGGUGGAUUUAAGCCGUUAAAAUUCACAACGGUAACGUAUGCAUUGGGGCACCACCACCGCUUAAUUCAAAAUAAUAAUAAAUAGCAUCAUAUGAAUCCACCACUCAAGAGUGAACAUAGCAACACUCAACAUGUGAUGUAGGGAUGGCAAUGGGUCGGGUAGGGUGCGGGUUUUGCCAAACCCAAACCCAAACCCGAAAUCAAAAACCCACACCCGCACCCGCACCCGAACCCGAAAUGGGUGGUGAACUUAAACCCACACCCGAACCCAUUGGGUUUCGGGUUCACCCGACCCGUACCCACACCCGCACACAACCUCAAACAAACAGUUGAACUCGGAAACCCGACCUGAAAAAGACUGUGAAGAGAGCUAUAUUAUGUAAUGUAGCAUUGUAAUUGCCAUGUUACUGUUAAAUUAAUAUGCAAGAUGCUGCAUAUAUUGUACUGCACAAGCAGAAUACUUAGGUUUCACUUAUACAGAUCCGGGUUCGGGUAGGGUUCGGGUGCGGGUUUGGCCAAACCCAAACCCGAACCCAAAAGUGAUCGGGUAAAACCCGAACCCGAACCCGAACCCAUUUAACUCGGGUUUUCACCCAAGAAAUCGGGUCGGGUCGGGUCGGGUGCCCAUGGGUUCGGGCUUCUCUGCCAUCCCUAAUGUGAUGUGAGUAACGGGACAAAACAAAACAAUUUGAAUUUCAACAACACAGAUAGAAACCGCUCUCUCUUCUCUCUCUCUCUCUCUCAACAACAAUGGCUUCUCUCACCCCUGGAAUCCUGCUCAAGCUAUUACAAGCCAUGAACUCCGACACCCGCGUCACCGGUGACCACCGGUCUCCUCUCCUCCAAGUCAUCGGAAUCGUCCCUGCACUCGCCGGUUCCGAUCUCUGGUCUAACCAGGGGUUUUACCUCAAUCUCUCGGAUUCGCUCAAUUCUACUUACGUUCUCCUUUCUCACCCUGACACCGAUCUCAUCCUCUCUAACCGCCUCCAACUCGGCCAGUUCAUCCACGUCGACCGCUUCCACCUCCACUCCCCUCUCCCCACCGUCUCCUCCAUCCGCCCCCUCCCCGGCCGCCACCCCUUCCAAGGAACCCCCGAGCCUCUCGUCGCCCGCAUCAACAACUCCACCCGCCAUUUCCUCAUUCAACCCCUCUCCGAUUCCUCCUCCGAUCCACUCUCCCUCUACCUCUCCAACAACAGCAGCAGCAACAAUCAAACUCCACUUGAAGCACCGCCGCAGCAGAAGGCUGCGGCGGCGGCGGUUACUUCCCGGCAGCCGCUUGCGCCGAGAGAGAACAAUCAAGCGCCGCCGCAGAGAUUCUCAUCUCCGGCGACGGCGAAGAGGUCGCACUCCGCCGGGAAAUUUAACAAUAGUAACAGCAAGACUGGUUCUGUUACUGCUGAGAGGGAUCCUUCGCCGGCCGGGAAGGGGAAGAGAUCGGCGUCGCCGGUGCCGUCCAAGUGUGUUGUCCCGAGCUUGCAGUCUGCCCGCGAGGAGAAUCGGAAGGUGAGCAGGGAGGCGGCGAUUGUUGUGCCGUCGAGGUACCGGCAGCCGUCUCCUACGACUGGGAGGAAGCAGCCGUCGCCGAGCCCGAGGAGAGCUUCGAUUUCUCCUGGGAGGAGGUUGUCCGGGGUUCUGAAGCUCUCGCCCGCCGUGGUGGAUUCUGCUGGAAAGAAGAAGAUGUCCUCCGGCGGCGUCUCCAGGGCCUCCGAUGCGGUUGCCGGGUCCGCGAAGAAUUCGAGGAAGAACUGGGAUGAGCAUUCUGGUGGUGUUGAAGCUGAACACAAAGAAAAGAGUGGUGGUGGUGCGUCUAAACAUAGGGUUGAUUCUCAAGCAAUUUUACGCACUCAGGUUGCAAUGUCAAGGCGACUAAGUGAUGUGAGUGGUCACAAACCUGGGAGCAAUGAUUCUUCCUCCAAUGAGAAAACUAAAGUUGGCUCUCCUCAGAGUUCCAUGGAACAAGAGAAGUCCAAUUUUGCAGCUCUGGGCAUCACAGUUCAUGAAAAGAAAUGGACUGAUGGAAGUGUUCCAUUUGAUGCAGUGUCUGCCAAACUUUCAAAGCUUGGAAAGGAAGCAAUGCAAAGGAAGAUUCUCGCUUCUGUUGCUGCAGCUGAAGCAUUAGAGGAGGCAAAUGCUACUGAAUGUAUCAUAAGGAAUUUAAGCAUGUUUUCAGAACUAUGCUCCGUGAGCCAGCCAAGAAAUCCUUUGCCAACCAUAGACAGGUUCUUUACAAUCUACGACGAUGUUAUCAGAUCAACUACGAUGGCUGAAUCAGUUGCGAAUAGCCAUAAUUCUGAGACAUAUGAUGACAGCAUUCCAACAGAGCAAUCAAAAUCACUCUCUCUGUGGGUUGAAACUGCCUUGGCCACUGAUCUCAAGAUAGUAUCCCUUCUUACAGGCACCAGCGUCGAUCCUCCAUUGACAUUGCAAAAAAGCUUGUCGAAGCGGCACUCUCUGGGUGCAUCUAAGAACCAUACAAAAACUCCUUCAUCCCCAAAGUCCUAUGUAAAUGAUGCUGGUGUGUGGGAAAGAGGUAAUGGAAUGAAGGACACAGUUGAGUUGGGAGCAAGUUUGAUAUCUGAAAUGCAAAUGUGGUUUCUGCGUUUUGUUGAGGAGUCCCUUGAAGCAGGAUUUAAAGUGUUUGGAGAGUACACUGCUGAUAGGAAGAAAUCACUGCCCCUGGAUGGUGGCUCCAUUGCUGUUGUUUUAUCGCAUUUGAAGCGGGUGAAUGCAUGGUUGGACCGUGUUGUUUCCAAAGGGAAUCACUCGCUGACAGAGAAGAUUGAAAAGUUGAAGAGGAAGAUCUAUGGUUUUGUAAUUCAGCAUGUUGGGUCUACUUUUGAUAAUUCUACUUCCCCUGUUUCUUCCUGAAUUAAUUUCUGUUUUUUUAUUGAACUUUGUGUUUAGAUGUUGAAAUUGAUGAAAGGAAGAGCUUCUUCAGUCAUCAAAUGAAAGGAAGAACUUUGUGUUUGGAUGUUGGAAUUGAAAGGAAGUACUUGCAUAGGGCAAUGGUUAUUGUUUCAUUGUAAAUUUUGAAACUGACCCGUUUUAUAUAGCUAGUUUGUUUCUAGUUUCAAACA